CCCACCAUUUGGAAAUGCGGCCCAUGAUGAGCCCGCCCCUGCUGUCGCCGUCCCCCUGCUCCCUUCUCCGCUUCCUCCGCCUCUGCCACGCCCCUCGCCGCCGGAACCCUACCGCCGCGCCGCCCACUCCUUAUACUUUCCGCCGCCGCCCGCUGCUCCUCCUCCCCGUCGCCAUGUCCUCCUCCGCCUCCAUCACUGCCCCCAACUCCGUCGUCGCGGACCCCAGCGCGCUUGCCCGGAAGGUCGCCGCCAUCCGCGCCGCCGGACCCUCCAAGCUCCAGGUCAUCGCCGACUUCGACGGUACGCUCACGCGGUACUGGUACGACGGCGCCCGCGGGCAGAGUAGCCAUGGGCUGCUGAGGCAAGGGAACGAGGAGUACGACGCGAAGAGGGAGGCGCUGUACGAGCACUACCACCCCAUCGAGAUCUGCCCCGACAUCCCACUCCCGGAGAAGGCCAAGCUCAUGGAGGAAUGGUGGGAGAAGACUCAUGGUCUCCUUAUUGAAGGUGGUCUUACGUAUGAAGCUAUCAAAAAAUCUGUGUCUGAUGCUGCAAUUGCUUUCCGAGAUGGUGUGGUGGAGCUCUUUGAGUACUUGGAGGAGAGAGAUAUUCCAGUGCUGGUAUUUUCUGCUGGACUUGCAGACAUUAUUGAAGAGGUCUUCCGGCAGAAGCUACACAGAUCAUUCAAGAAUAUCAAGGUUGUCUCCAACAGAAUGGUGUUUAAUGAAGAAGGUCGUCUUGUAGCAUUUAAAGGUAAAACAAUUCACGUCCUGAACAAAAAUGAACAUGCCUUGGACAUGGCAGCUCCAGUGCAUGACAGUCUGGGGGAUCCAAAUGGAUCUAUUGAUGACUAUUCAUUGGUGAAGAAAAGGACCAAUGUGCUGCUACUUGGUGAUCACAUUGGAGACUUGGGGAUGUCUGAUGGUUUAAACUAUGAAAACAGAAUCGCUGUUGGAUUCCUGCUUGUGUAAACAUAGGCUUCAAACAAAAAAGGGAGUUUCUUUGGUUCAGAACAUGGUAGGGAAAUUACAGGAAGUUCAGGUUUCUGUUCCACUGGUUUCCUUUAAUCAAUUCAAAGCUAUUUUUGAAUGAGUUGCUGGAUAUGUUUGACUAUGAAGCUGAAAUGAACCCAAAUGAUCUGUAAAUUUUAUUGUCUCUGCAGCUGAAUAUCAUUCUAAAACCUCAAUUGAUGCUUUACUGUGCAUAGGUCAGGAGGAUUAUCAUGAUGUUUUGUUUGAAUGCUCAAUUACAGUAUUGUGAACGUAAAUGCUAUUAUUAUUUCCGUCUUGCACUGUUCCCUUGCAGCAUCUACCACACAAAACUUUUAUGUCCAUUGUGCAUAGGGUGACGCUGAACUGAUU